AUGGCGGAAUUUGAACCUCCCUCAUUCUCUCUAGGUCUCGAUCUCGACGACACUCCCCCACCUUCUCCUCCUCCUCCCUCCCCCAUCCCCGACCCGCUCCUUCAAGUCCCCGACUCCGAUCCGGAAACCCGAUCCGAUCCACCUCCUCGUACACUAAAACGCCUCCGUCGAGGCCCCCCUUCCUCCUCCGUCCACCACAUACCGCAACCGCAACCUUCAUACUUCGACGCCGACGAUGAUAUCGAGGAGUUCUCUUCACCAGAAAAGCCCGUUCAAGGAUGUCGCAGUUCGGUUCAGAAUCAGAAUCGAUCUAUAUGUAGCAGCUCAAAAGUUUCAUUGAGAAGUGCUGGAGUUUUAACUCAUUCAUUUACCAACUCUUGUGAGAAGAAUAAAAGAAAACAUGCUUCUAGUCCUCUUCGCAGGUUUCAAUUGCUUGAUUCUGAAGAUGAUGAUGAUGAUUCUGAUGAUGAUAUGUUUGGUGAAGAUAUUGGCGGUGUUAGUAAAGUUGGCCUCUCAGUGGGGCAAUUGGGUAACCGAAGCGCGCCUUUCACUUCUUUAGAACAAGAUGGAAAGACGCAAUUUGAUGUGAACCAAAGGCGGGAUUUAUGGAAAGAUCCUUCUCCGGUGAAGAAUUUUUCUGUUCCUACACCUGCGUUCAAUGAGAUGUAUGAAGAGUACUUUAGUUCUGCCAAGAAUGCGGAAGUGCCAAGAUCAGGGAUUGGUAUAUCUGAAAAUCAUUAUGAGAUGUAUCAUGGUGUUGAUUCUGGUUUGCAGCAGGAUGAACAGAUAUGGGAGGCAGCAGGUCCACUUCCUCCUGCUCAUCAUUAUUUUUUCCAUGAUGAUCAAAGAAUUCAACAUUUGGUUCGGAGUCGUCUGUGUAAUUUUUCUCCGUUAGGUGUCAACGGAGUGAAUCAGCAACAAAAUGUCUCCCACAUUGAUUACAUAGGACAAUUUGACAAUAGAGGAGCUUCUAAAACGCCAGAAGUUCAGAAAGGACGUGUUAAUGGCUCAACAAGCAGAAGAAGCAAAUCUACAAAUUUGAAUGUUCAAGAAACCUUUAAUGCUUCUGAAGGUUGGGUGGAUCCCAAAAUCAGUUCUCCUCUCGGCAGUGGAACAUCUAGUAGAAAGAAAGUAACAAAGAGAAACAACACUAAGAGCAGUGUGUCAAAAAGAAAAAGUGCACAAAGCAUAUUAAACCCUUCAAAUGUUUCGGGAAGUUGGGUGGAACCCAAGAGCAGGAGUAUGCCGAAAGAUGCAGGGAAAAGACGUGUCCAAGCAAGUGGUCAAUCUGCUAGUCAAUCUACUGGUCAUUGGUUUACAGGACCUGAUGGAAGAAAGGUUUAUGUCAGCAAAAAUGGACAAGAGAUGACUGGCCGAAGUGCUUACAUACAUUAUCGGAAGGAGAAUGGAACAGGAUUCAAGAAAUCGAAAAAGAAAACAAGUACCAAGAAGGCAAAUGCCAAGAAGAAAAACUAA